CAAUCAUAAUGGUAACAAUCAGACUACCCUUUUCAGAUUAACUUCAAUGAGAAAGGCAAAUUCGAGUAUUUCUGCGUUUUUUUAGCUUGAAUUAAGGCCAAAAGAAUGUUGUUUAAAGGCCACUGCCAUAUUCCUCGCCAUUAUUGUCAUAUUUUAAUCGACAUCGACCAUUGGAAAUGAAAAAGCAAUGGUUUGAUAUUUUAUGAUAAGAUCUUUGAAUUUCGAAUUCGUGUGGUGAAAAUGGUGAUGGCAACCUUUGACGCUCAGUUCAGCGGCUGGGGCGCAAUGUAGGCGCAGCGCCUUCGCGGGAGUUAUGUAUGACUUCUUCAGAAAAAGUGUUAAGAAAACUCAUUGAAAAUUUGUAUGGAAAACAUGCGGUCGAGACAUCAGACACCAGUGUUUCGCCAAAGGUCGGUUGCAAUCCAGCACAGACAGAUCAUGGUCAUAGAAAUGAAGAGAAACCCGCCUUAAGAAAUACACCCUGAAGACUUGCUACAGUUGACAUGGCAGCGCCACAGUGUCACCGUGGGAAACAUCAUCUCGCCACCAAGACCAGAUAAUCAUCCAUUUUACAUAUUCCUCGGGGUUCACUUGCUAUAUAAACAUAUUUACAGUUAGCUAUCAGAAUGAAUUGUUUCUUAAAAAUAGAAGUAGUAUUUACAUGUUCUAUUUACGCAGAAACCAGGUAUUGUUUACAAUGAAAAAUGGGACUUUUUAUCAGUCGAUUUCUGAUAAGACUUCUUCAACCAGUCAAAAUAUGGGAUCACAAACUCUAAACAAAUCUGGACCAGUUAAAUAAUUACAUAUAGCGACCUAUAGAUAAGCAUCUACUAACACAGCUGCAUGUAAAGGAGACUCUGUGUAGCUUUCUCCUUGAGAGAUGUGACACGUAAAGUAGUCUAAAGGCUGAAUAACAAAACACUAGAGCCAAACAAGUCCUGUUAUCUAACGGCAUUCAAGCGCUAAAGUAAUUAUUACGCGUUGUUGUUAUCAGAAUCAGGAUUUCUUCCGCGGUGCACGGUUUUUGUUUCGUGGAUUUCAUUUCACAGAUACUAGUCCAUGUAGAAUUGAGAUAAGCUCUGGCCAGUUAUUUCAAAUUUAACACAUUUUCAAAUUUAACAAAGAAGAUGAGUCGCAUCGAUACAUUGUAUAUUGCUAGUUCGAGGGGGUGGUAAGCUGAGGCUCGGACAUUGCCUGCAAAACGGAUGGCAGACCUGUAUUUGGACUGAGACAGCAACAAAUAAAGAAGGUACCUGUAAAAAGAUUUGAAAAUGUCGCAUGAUGCCGGUUUGACAACAAAAGAGGAAAUUCUCCUUGCAGUUUCGAUAUCUUUCGCGGCGUUGUUCAUUGCGACGGUCAUAACACUCCUGAUCGCGCGGUACUGGGCGCCAAUCAAAGAAUGGUGUAUGAAACAUUUGCCGUGCUUUCAAGGAAUGCAAGAGAAGAAGGAUGCGAAUGAAAAUGUACCGAUGACAAACAGCAAAGUGCCACUGGUGGUGCUUGGGCAGGAUGAAAACCCGUUCGUAAUACCCGGUUCAAUCGUAAGCGAACGGGUCCAGCCUGACAUGAAGAGUACUCGAAGCGGAUCAGUUGUCAAAACGGCUAGCGAACCAUCUAAAAAACCGCCCAAAACAAAGAAGAAGAUAAGUAGAGCGCUUGAUACAAGACACUCUAUAUUUGCUGUGUCCGAGAGUGACCAACAGCGGAAAAUGAAAAAGCAACAAAAAAUGAUGAAAAGCAAGUCAGUAUACCUUAGUGACCUGAAUCCCCAAUUACUGCGUCGAAAUGCACUUUCGAAAUCAGAGACAACACUUAACGACAAGAGCAUCCUAGAGCAAAUCUCGCCAGAAUUAUACAUGACAUCAUCCAGAAGUGAGGAAUCAAUAAGUGACGUCGACAAGGAAGAUUCCCUCUACAGCAGCUUCUUGCCAGUGAGAGGAUUCUUGUCAUCGCCGGGCAGCUCCCCUGUGACGUCAGACGACGAGAAUGGGGGUGGAGGAUCGAAAAGUUCACUUUUGGAAUUGCGACCUGAGCUGUAUGACACUUCAAGGAAGAGGUCAGUUGGCUUUGGAACUCUCGGCAAGAUAAAGAUGUCUUUGCAAUACUUGAAUCAUGACAAAACAAAACUGGAACUUUUUUUUCAAUACAUGGACCAGUUGCAACUAAGGCCAGGAGUUAUUGGCAUACAAGUUGGCAUUACGCUGCUGCCUGAAAGAGAGAAUAUGUAUCAUUCAAAAAUGCACCAAGCGACGGAUCAUCCAAUCUUCGAGCAGUCAUUUGUUUUUAAACGCACUCUACCAAAUGACUCAUUCAACACAAAGACGAUUCGUUUCCACGUUUACAUUUUGCAAGGGCAAGAAAAAAGGCGCUACGGGGAAAGUAAUAUGCCUUUAGCACGAAGCGAAAUAUUUGGUCAAAUCAAAACGGACAACGUACUCAAUAUCAACCCACCAUCACAGACAACGGAGGUCGGCGAUGUCCUUAUCGAGAUAUUCUACACGAAAACCGAUGAGUUCCACGCUUUAAUCCGUACCGUCAGACUCGCCUCAACGACAUCCGUUGACCAGUUAAGUGCAUUGCAAGUGAAGGCAUACUUAAAGAAGAAGCGACGGAAAGUCGGAGAAUCACAAACGAAGAUGAUUUCUUUGACGAAUGAGAGGGAAGAAUACAUACAAUUAAAUCUGGAUUUAAAGCACAAAAUUCCAUGGGCAACGUUCAUGGAGCAUUCCUUGCACGUGACGGUCUCGGGCAAGCACCGGAUUCUAGGCAGGGUAAUGAAAAUAGGAAAAGUUAUCCUUGGUGAAAACGCAGUCACAAUGGCGGAUAAUAUACAUUGGAAAAGCAUUAUGAAUUCGCCUGGUGCACCGUAUAAUUUAUGGCAUAUUUUGCACGGGUAUUAGUAAUUGACAGACUGUAGUCGUUUUAUACACAGAGAAACAAUAGGUAUUUGAGAUGUGUAAGAGGUUUCAAAUAAACAAACACAGCCCCACAACAAUUGACACUUUCAUAAAAACAUCAAAACAGCUUGAAACCCUGAGCCAUAAGUAUCCACUCAAGCAAGUAUCCACUAAAUCCGUAAAUUAUGAGAAUACUUCAAAUUCGAAGAUUUAGGAAAAUCAAGGAAAUAGGAAAUUAGACCGUUUUUAGGUAUGUAAGCCAUUCAAAUUCUUGGAGAAAAUUGUUGAUUUAAAGUGAACCCAUUUAUCAACCCCUCUUUUGGACAAUCAUGCUAUGUUGAAAUUGAUUCCGAAAAAACUAGCAAUAACGAAAAUGCCUUUUUCAGACAUUCAGACAAACUACCCUCUGCAGUUUGGUGGGUGCAAUGCACAAGCGCAUUAAAGGAUUCUUAGAAAAUGUUUAAGUCAUAUUGAUUGUCGUAGGUCAUAAAAAAGGCAGAUACCUCUUGUUUGUCUUUAAGUUUAGAUUCUUAUGGGUAUAGAAGAUAUAUUUUGGUUUUUCUUUCCGUGUAAACUUUUAUCAAUGCUUCUCUUUCUAUUUUUAACCUAAAAGAUCUAAAAAAACUGCAGAAAUGAAAGUUGGAAAGAUUACUUCAUAUUUUUUUACAGUUUAUCUUAAAAGUGUUUGUAUUUGCGUCAUUGGGACAGAAAUCAAACACGCUGACUAAGCACAACUAUUAAUUGUGCACGUGGAAAGAAAAAGAAAUGAAAUUCCUACUAAUGAGGAUACAGAAAAUAUCUUUUGCACGAGUUUAUUGCUGGAUAUCUACUAAUAGUUUGGCAAAAGUGCAACCUAUUUGUCUUUUGCGGUUAUUUGCAUUCGCGUAAAUUUGCGAUGCGUUAACAGGAACCCACGCUAUUAUCGUGUAAGUCAAGCGGGGUUGCUUAUAGAGCGAAAGUUUGAUACAACGAGUAGAUAACUCAAUCGUCCUACGAAAAUCGUCGUGCAAAUUAAAAAUGACGGUAGCUGGAAUUAUUCAGUUUCGGCCUUUCAAGAUCAGUUAAGCCAGAUGCAAAUGUUAUUUUGUACCAAUGCCCUUUUAAAACCGGGUAAGUUUCACUCUCGAUUCCCUGUUUAAGAUGGGUUCUCCAGAAACCUUCACUGCUCCCUGAAACUGGCAUCUUGGAGAAGGUGAAGUGAAGAGAUUGGCAAGAAGCGGAAAUAAAUUAUCCACAGUGGGACAUCUAAACGGAAAGCAGUGUUACAUUUGUCCCUCUUUAUGUCCCUUUUAAAUUUCUGCUUUUUGGGAUUUCAUUAAGUUUAAAAAAUAAGUCGCACAGCAUCACUUGAACAUAAAGAUGACUGAUACAGCCUUAGCUUGUUAUUCAAUCGAAAUGUGUAAAAAUAUUGAAAGGAAAAUCACACGCAUUUUAUCUAAUGUGAGUUUAUGGAAGGGGGAAGAUUACACGCAGUCAAAAUGGUAUAUUUUGCUUGGUUUAGUAAACACAACUUAGAGAGCAGGCUAUGACGUGUUGCCCAGCGCGUUUAAAUAUACAUUGAUGCAUAAGAAACCACUCGAGCAUUCGAAACGCUAAACAAAACUGGUUGUUGAAUGGUUAUGUCACUUAUCGUGUAAUGUUUGAUGUUAUGUUUUACAAACAGGCAGUCCGUUGCGUUACUAACAAAUCGUAAUCUUAAAAGCGGAUUCUUUACAAGAAAAGGCAUUAGUUGAUCACUUGCGACGAUUUUUAUCGAACGGUGUAAAAUAUAUAACAUAUAGAUUAUUUAAAGGAUUCAGUAGGAACUCGAAUAAAUUUCUAUUGUUUCUUUAUGACAAAGUUAUUAAGGGGAACGAUGAUACAAAAAAUGCAAACAAAACCAAAAUCUCGAUGAAAAUAUCUUUAGCUAAAAUUCUCGAAAAAUUUUUCAUGACAAAAGAAAAAAUGAUUUCAAAAAUCAUACGAAAUUUCACUCCCUUGAGGUGAAAGAUACCAGGUUUUGAACGUGCGAAAAGCUUACGUUUUAUCAUAUUCAGUCAAUUAAGUUUGUUUCAGAUAAGAUGUUGUUUCCUAUAUUUACCUACUAACAAUAAACUUGUUGUUAAUGAUCUUGAGCAAUGAACUUUUACGCUUUUCCUUUGGGGUAACCACCAAUUUAAUGUAUGGACGGUGAGACGCAUUGCUCUGUCCCUUUUAAAACCAUGAUGGCGAUGGGGUAGCAACUUUCUUGGGAAUGCCGUGGGGGAAAGGAUCAAAAAUUGGCUGGAAAUAUCACACCACGAUUGCAGCAAGAAAUCUCGCAGGUAAACAUCUUUCAAACAUUGUUAAUAGUUUACUCACAAUACCAGUAAUUUGUAUAGAAAUCAUGACCUUUGCUCGACGCAGUCAACCCGAUGGAUGAUUGAUCAGUGAACAUGAAAGAAGGACCUGCUUGGAACUGCCAAACCUGUUUAUACGUUAUUCAAAUGGUACGCUGCUUUCAUUGGUCGAAGGAUUAAACAAAGUUCAUACGAGCUCAAGCAAGCUACUGCAGCACUACUUGAUUUCAAGGAAAUAUCAAUAUUAGACCGCUAGUCGGCGGAUAGAGACAAAAUGCGUAUUUUAACGUAUUUACUGAUUGCCUGCCUUAUUAUGGGCCUAAUCACGG